AUGCUUAAGAAGAUCCCCCCGGACUACUUUGAUAGCUCGAAGGGGACUCUGAAACUUCUGUGGGAGGAGGAAUGGCGAGCUUUGGGAAUAACACAGAGUUUGGGAUGGGAACAUUAUGAGGUGCAUGAGCCGGAGCCUCAUAUUCUCUUAUUCAAGCGGCCUCUGAAUUACCAGCCGCCAAUGGCACAAUAG